GCGAGCUCGACUUUAACGGGCCUUCGCGACGUCUCUGGGACACUGAUUUCAUAAUGUAUGCUCUUAAAAGAUGCCUCGCAUUCUUACUGCUCUCCGGGAGUAGUUCCCUCGCGCCCGCGCCGCGGCCCAGCGGCAGGUCUGCUGCCAUGGAAGGCGCAGAUCUAAAGGCUAAAGCGAACGCACAGAACGCUCCGAGCUUAGCCAGGCGGCCCAGCGGCCGCGCGCCCUCGUUCUCGAGCCAGGACCUCACCCACCUCGUCCAGAACGAGCUUGCCCCGAAGCCCCCGAAGCCGUGGCUGCCGCCGCAGCUGUCAUUCCGCACGGGCUUCCCAAAAACCAGCCAGGCUGUCAAUGAGCUGAAAGGCUCCGUGAAGGCGUCCGUCGCCGCCGUGGACGAGCUGAAAAGCUCGUUAAAACAGUCCGUGGAGGCAAUUCCGAUCUACCGGAGCAUACAAUCGAAAGCGCGGCGAGCGCGGGACAAGGUCGUGGAGCAGAGGCGACCAGCUUCGCCGAGCCGCGCGCCCGGGCUGACGAGCCAGGACGUCGCUACGUUCGUGCAGCGCGAGCUGCCAUCGGCGAAGGCUAAGGAUUGACUUGUAUACUAUAUCC